CCUCGGUCGCUUACGUGAGCGCGAAAUUGCUUGGAACCAGUGCGCGUGUAUAUAAGCCGCCGCCUGCCUUGUCCUUUUCACAUCAUCCUCUCGUCCACGCUUCUUCGCAGUCCAGGCGUCCCCUUUUCGAACAACUUCUACCACCCACUCUUAUCGCACUCGCCACCAUGGACAAGGUCUUCUCUCUCACCGGCAAGGAGCAGCCCACCGUCACGCCCGAGGGCGAGAUCAGCCAGCCACCGUCGCCCCCUCUGACGAUCACCCAGACGACAAAGGCGUGUCUUUUCGACAUGGACGGCACGCUCAUCGACUCCUCGCCCGCCGUCACCGCCGCCUGGCGCCUCCUCAAGGCCACCGGCUACGACUUCCUCGACCUCGACGACAUCCUCGCCUCCGCGCACGGCUACCGCACCAUCGACGCCCUCCGCAAGUGGUGCAAGAUCAAGGACGAGGAGCUGCUCAAGAAGGAGGUCGUCCGCUUCGAGAACGCCAUCCUCGAGAACGCGAGCAAGGCCGAGGGCGGCGGGAUCAUCGCGCUCCCCGGCGUCAAGGACCUGCUCCUGCAGAUCCAGGGCGGCCGCACCGAGGACGAGCAGGGCUGGUCCGUCUGCACCUCCUCGACGCACUUCUACGCCUCGCGCGCGCUCCCCGCCGCGGGCCUCUUCAUCCCGAAGAACUUCGUCACCGCCGAGUCCGUGUCGAACGGGAAGCCCGCGCCGGACCCCUACCUCCUCGGCGCGAAGCUCUCCGGCGUUGACCCGAAGGACUGUGUCGUCUUCGAGGAUGCGCCGACGGGCAUCCGCGCCGGCAAGGCCGCCGGCUGCCUCGUCCUCGCCACCUGCACCUCCCACACGCGCAAGGCGCUCGAGAAGGAGAACCCCGACUUCCUCGUCGACGAUCUCUCACAUGUCACCGCCCAGCGCAACGCGGACGGCACCGUCUCCCUCUUCAUCCGGCAGCCCGCCGGCCGGUCGUACCCCGACUCCGCCGUGCCGACGCCCGCGGACACCCCGCUGCAUACGCCCGCGCUCUCCCGCGCAGGAAGCGCCGAGAGCCUCGCGUGGCGCGCGAAGGUCGACGCCGAGCGCGGCGAGACGAAGGCCGACGACUACGGUGCCCUGCCCGGCGCGAAGGCCCAGCGUGCGUUCUGAGCGGGCGGUGUGUCUCUCGCACGUUCGCUCGCGCUGUGCUUCGUCGCGCUGGCGCAGUGCAAUUCUCCCGCUCGCGCUGCACCCCAUCUCGGUGGCGAUAGACGCCCGCCAUCUAUAUCUGCUUCAUCUGUCGUAGACUCCUUCGUCGUCGCGUAUGCAUAGAGCGCCGAAGGAGAGUUUGGAAGAGUAAUGCACUAAUCGGGGAUAUUCUCCCCUUCAACCUAACAAAACCGCUGUACUGUAUAGAUUGUAGAGCAUGUACCACAUACCCGCGACAUAGCUUUCGCAAGGCAAUUGACACUAUUGUUAAUUCCUCUAUCUUUGUCUCAGUCUGUGUCUGUGUGCUUUGAGCAAAGGACUCGAAGACUGGGUCAUCUACGAUACGAAGUAGUCGAGUAGGUAUCACCGUCGGAAGAAUCGCUGCGUGCAUAGAGGGAGAA